GUGGCUCUGAUUGAUCGAAGAGAAAGCAGAGCCAAUGGCCGGCGACGUUGUUGCAAAGUGCAUUGCGUUGAAACAGCGGCUGGGGCUCGGCCGGAGGGCGGGGCUCGAGCUCUAGGGAGCGGCUCUCGCCUGUGAGCCCGACUGCGGGUCCUUCCAGCCCCGGUCCAGCCACUCCCCGCACCAAGGAUGCCCCUGGGGUUUCGCAGAGGCCGCAAAGGCCAGUUUAAACACAUCAUCCAUGGCCUCCUGCCUGCGGCCUGCAUCGCGCCGAAGCCAGCUGUGCCCCGCACACCGCCUCCCCGCAGCCCCAACCCUUCUCCGGAGAGACCCAGGUCUGCCCUGGCUGCAGUCAUCCUCGCAACAACGCUGACCGGCCGGACUGUGGCCAUUCCUCAGCCUCGCCAGAGAUCCCUGUCUGAGAGCGACACGACUUCCGUGGACAAGGACGGUGGCAUCCAGCCCUAUGCCACCGCCUCCGAGCUGAGACUUCAACCAAACCGGCAGAAUGAGACAAGAAGAACGUCUUUGCCGUCCUUUGAAAUGCUGGGCUACGAGGAGGACUCCGACACACACUUGUCGUCCAGCUGCUUGGAGCUGGAUGACGUCAGUGCUCGCCAAGGAGAGGGAGGCCUCGGUGACGCUGUGUAUGCCGUGCCCCUCAGAAAUCAGGUUCUGCUGUCCCACACGGCGGACAGUGAAGACGAGGAAAGUACUUCUGAGCAAGACGCGCUCCCAGGCUUGCCUCUUAUCCCCCAGCGUACACAAGAAAUAGAUGGCAAACAUUCGGUUCUGAAUUUAAAGGAUGAAAAACCACCCUCACGUGGAAAGCCUCCGCCCUCCCCAGAUAUAACCAGUAGAGCACGGCAGAGAUGUUCAGUAAUAACCCGGGAGAAGUUCCAGGAAAUACAAGAAGAAAACUUGCAUCUCAGCGAUGCAAAUCAAGCCCUUACGCUUGAACUUAGCACAGUAAAACAAGCGAUGAAAGGACUACGGUUAAAACUGAGAAGAACGGAAAAAGAAACUCGGAAGUCGAGAGAGGCCGAGAAGGCGCCCUCCCUGGAAGUUGCUGCACCUGAACUACUUUAUCUAAGAAAGCGGGCUCAAGAACUCGUGGAUGAAAAUGACGGGCUGAAAAUGACUGUCCAUCGUUUGAAUGUAGAACUGAGUAGAUAUCAGACAAAAUUCAGGCAUUUACCCGAGGAAGAGACCUUAAAUAUCGAUGGCCUCCCAUCAAAGGGCCCCAUACCUCCCUGGUUGUUGGAUAUAAAGUACCUGUCGCCCUUGUUACUGGCCUACGAGGACAGGAUGAAAGAGAAGGAUGAGCUCAGCGCCACCCUCCAGGAGGAAAUGCGGGUGUUUAGGAUGCGAGUCCAGGAAGUGGUGAAGGAAAAUGAAGGGCUACAUCAGGAGCUGUGUAAGAGCAGUCCCGUCACCGCCGAGGAAUGGCAUCAGCUUCAGACUCAGGCAGAACUGGUUUUAGAGGAAAACAAGUUGCUGAUAGAGCAGUUGGAGAUUCAGCAAAGAAAAGUCCAGGACACCCAGCAGGAGCGUCUCCAGGAAGUUUCUAAGCUGACAAAACAACUCAUACUUCUGGAGUCUAAAACCCAGAGCCAAGAAAAGGAGCUAAGUGAAAACAAGGAGCAACUGGAAGUUUUACGUACUGAGUGCCAGGAACUCAAAACCCACUUGGAUGGCAAAAUUGCACUGACCGUCCAUGCUUCGAUUGUAAACGAGUUACAAAGCAAGUUAAAGAAGGAAGAGGAGGAAGGAGAUGCUGAGCUGGAAGACCUGAUAGAGAAGCUGGCAGUCCUGCAAAUGCAGAAUAAGAGCCUGGUGCUGGAGAAGAACCGCCUCACAGCUGAGAACAAAGCACUGGGAGCUGAACUCGAACGGGCACGGAAAAUAAAUAGGAGUUCUCAAAAGAAAAUCGAGGCCCUCAAAAAGCAGGUGGAAAAAGCCAUGGAGAACGAAAUGGCCGCUCACCAGUACCUGGCAAAUGUCAUUGACCUGGCCGAGAACAUGACCCAGGAACGCGACAGUCUUCUGUAUUUGGCUAAAUGUUUAGAAAGUGAGAAGGAUGGAGCUCUCCACAAGAUCACAGAAGGCAGCAUUCGCUUAGGAAGGUUAGAGGAAAGAGUCGAGGGGUACAAGAAGCAGGCAGCACUGAAAGUGGACGACAUCCGUCACCAGCUCACAGAGCAGCAGAAAGACUUUGCCAACAAGAAGGCUCAGUACCAGCAAGAGAUGAGCCACCUCCAGCGGGUGCUGCGGGACAAGCAGGAGAGCCUGGACCAGGUGCUGCAGCAGAAGAGAGAAAUUGAAGACAUGCUUGAGGUCGUUUGGGAGUCUACCUCCAAGGAAAACGGAAGAAUCCGAGAGCUUCUGCAGGCCACGCUGGAGAGGCCCGGCACGCGGAACAACGUCGGGGAGGCGUGACGGACGGUGACGUGAAGCCACCUCCCGCCACCUGCCCACAGCCCGCCCGGGACACGGACUGCUCGGCCUGAGCGCAGCCCUCCCAGGACCGGCGCCACAGGGCAAGGGCAGCUCCCGCCUACGGCGAUUCUCCCCCUUGGGGCCACGUGGAAACAAACUGUCUCAGACAUUUACUCCAUUUUUUGCUUUAUUUAAACAAUACAGUAUUAAACUUGAUUUUUGCCAGUA